AUGGCGUACAUCGCCUUUGACUUCUCCAUUGUCCUCGUUGCGUCAGCCAUCAUGGUUGCCGCCUGGGCUGCGGUGUCUGACAUUUGGUACCACAUUGGCUUCAUUUACCUGAUCUUCAUCUUGUAUGGGUUGGCUUCGAUUCUGCUGGCAUACGUCAUCUCGCUUGUGAGCAAGACCCAGCUGGCUGCUUUCGCGACAACGGCGAUGCUCCAGGCCGGCAUUUUCCUGGUGUAUAUCAUCGCCUAUUUCUUCAGCUUCACGGCUGCUCCUAUCGAGCGCGUCGACGAUACUCUUCGGCUCGUGCACUUUAUCGUCUCGAUAUUUGCGCCCAUCGGCUCGGUAGCGCGGUCGCUUCUCCUUGCUCUCAACCUCUUCUCGACUGCGUGCGACGGCGAUGUCGUUGCCUCGAAUCCGGGUGGCAUGCUCCAAUAUGGCGGUCCCAUCCUGUAUCUCAUCCUGCAAUCGAUCAUCCUGUUCGGCGUGCUGCUCUGGGGCGACAGCGGGUCACCAGGCUCGAGCAUCGCAGGCCUGUUCCGGAAGAAGGCCAAGGACCAGAACGCCGCCGAGGCCACAGAUGAGGAAGUGGCAAAGGAACUGACCCGUGUCACGAGCACGCAGAACGGCGAUGACGGACUCAAGGUUACGCACGUCACCAAGUCGUUCGGCAAGAACACGGCAGUGGACAAUGUGACGUUCGGCAUCAAGCGCGGCGAGGUGUUUGCCUGCCUGGGCCCGAACGGCGCAGGUAAGAGUACCCUGAUCUCGUUGAUCCGCGGCGACCUCAAGCCCAGCCAUAACGGCGGCGACAUCUUCAUCGAGGACAAGUCGGUCAUUUCCAACCUUGCGGCCGCCCGAGGCAGCCUCGGCGUCUGCCCUCAACACGAUGCGCUGGACCAGAUGACUGUCAGGGAGCACCUUGAGUUUUACGCCCGCCAUCCGCGGCAUCCCCGAGAUUGA